AUGCCCAAGCGGGGCUGCCCCUUCGGGGUCGCGGCCCCGCUGCAGCUCAAGGUCCGCGUGGGCUGGAAGGAGCUGGGCCGCGGCGUGUGCUCCGAGCAGUACUCGCGGGAGGUCUACGAGAGGACCAGGCAGCUCCUGUUCCGCGGGGCCAAGGCCUACAUGGACCACACGUGGGAGGAAGGCUGCGCCGUGGUUGACCUGCCCGAGUCCCCGAAGCCGGGCCCCAUGGAGGCCCCUCGGGCCACACGGGGGCAGAUGCUGAUCGGACCAGACGGCCGGCUGACCAGGGCGGGAGCCCAGGCCUUCGAAGCCGAUGCGCCCGGGGCGGCGUGCAGAGCCUGCUCCUCGUGCGUGCGGGCGGCGGACGGGGCGGCGGCCUGCGGCCAGUGUGAGCGCGCCCUGUGCGGGCACUGCAUGCGCACCUGCGGCAGCUGCGGGGCCGUGGCCUGCACCCUGUGCGCGCUCGUGGACUGCAGCGGCGUCCACGAGAAGGUGCUUUGUGCCAGCUGUGCUGUGUUCGAGGCCUGA